AUGCUAGACCCCCCUCGCUUCCCGUUUUCUCUGGAGACACAGGAGGCGAUGCGAAGGUUCAGAGCACAAAGGAAGAAGAUAAGGGACCUGUGCUAUCUGGAGGUUGACGCCAAGACUAGAUUUUGGAAUGUGCAUCACCAGUACCUGCAUGUAGCAAAUAAGGUGGUCAAUAAAAUUGACAAGAAUAUCAACGAUUUGUUAGAAAGAAUCUUCCCUGGUGAUGUAGCAUUGGUACUGGAUGGUGGGCCUCCCCCAAGUGGCUCAGAUGGUGGAGGAGACACCAGCCGUCAACAGGAAAGCUGGGAGACUCUUGCGGAACAGGUGGAACGCCUCAUCAGCGCGAGAACCAGGCUGGCUGAGACGACAAAUGAAUUUGAAGGAAAGCUGAAAGAAUCCUUGACUUUGGAGCUAUCAUCAGUUGGCCAUGAAUUAGAAAAGAUGGUGAAGCGUGUUGCCACAGAGGAAAUAGGAGAGACGAGGCAGACUUUUGAGCAGAGAAGAGUAGAUGACCAGUUUGUGGAAGAGUUCAUGGAAAUUACAAGGCGCCAGUUCGAAAGAGACCAGGCGGAAAAGCUCCAGCUUUUGGAGAACCAGAAGAUGAUGAUUCAUAAGAUUCUAGAAGAUGACAAGACAAAGUUGCAUAAUCUUUGCAGUACACACAUAAGCAACUUGAACAGUGUUGCUUCUGUACCAGAUGCUAUACAACUAGUCAAUACCCUGGUGAAUUCAUUAGAAAAGACACUCUCAGAGGAGGUGUCAUGGGUUGAGCAGCAGUACAAAGAGCUCCUGGAGCAAUACGCCUAUGAGCAGAAACUCGUCAGAGAGACCUACUUCCAAACCUUGGUGGAACUGAAACUCAGGCUGGAUACUUUGUUGGUUGAGAGUAACAAGCAGAAGGAGGCUGGACCCUCUGACAUGUCAUCCCUUGGUGCUGAAAUGGUAAAGAUGAAGGAAGAACAUGCCGCAGAAGUAGCCCGCCUUGAGAACCAGCUGGCGGCACGGGAUAACGAAGCCCUGAUGGCCUUAGAUGACGAGGUGGAUCAGCUUCGCGCUCAGAUUGACCGCGAUCUAAGCAUUAGGUCUGACAUCUCUCGCACAUUGUGUUCUGAGCUUGAGAACAUCAAGAUUCAGGUCACACAGCUGGAAGAUGCACAUGUGAACCUCAACAAGAUUAUAGAACCAGGAAUUGAUGUAAACUCUCUCCCAUUCCAGCGGCAUCUACAGUCUCUGUAUAGUGACAGGGAUUGGUACAAGAAAACUGUAGGUCUCCUUUCUCAUGUGACACUACAGUUGCUGCACUACUACAGUGUGGCUGAGAAUUACACACACAAGUCCCAUGCUGCUCCUACUCAUGAUUCCAUCCAGUACCAAGAGGUAAUGCCGGGCAAGGUCUUGGAUCUGUCUUUCCUGUCAGACUGCGUGCAUGAUGAGAACGAUGCCAACCAGUAUACUACAUUCCCUGAGGAUAGUGCUGUGUCGACUGGCCUCAUUGGGAAGACAGUUGAAGCGGAUCAUGGUGAAGAGGCAGAACUGGGAAGCAAUGCAGAGUCAAUGCUUGAUAGCACAGCAAUGAGCGAAGGGAUGCUGGAUGACAUGGACAAGGAUGAGCAAGUCCGCCAAAUCCUCACAAAGUCCUAUCCGCAGCUGAUGUCCAUCCUGAAGGGGCGUUGGGAUCGUGUCAUGGUGGAUCAUCUGGAAAAAGAGGUCCAAGAACUGACCAUCUCUCUUCAGGCAUCAGCAGGGAUGCUGAAGAUUUUUAUGCAUUCAGUGACUGAGAAUCAAGACCUCUCCUCGCACACCAUCAGGGAUGAAAGUAGGAUUGACAAUGCAAAGGAAAGCUCUCUUGAACUCACACAGCAUCAUAUGGAUGAGUCUCCUGAUCGUUCAGGGCAGCCCGGAUCAAGUAGACAGGGUGAUGAAAGUGGUGAUCAGCUAUGUGGAGACACAGAGGAAUCCUUACCAGAUACAGAAAGAGCAAGGCAGCUCGCAAAGUCGCAACUAACUAGUCAUUAUAGUUCAAAGUAUCCUGAGGACUUCUCUCAGAGUCUUACUCAGUUACUGUGCCAUGAUGAUUCCUUCCUAAACUUGACCAAACUGAAACCCCAGGACCUGGGCGAUGAAGACAAGCUGAAGCGGGCAAUUGUGCAACUUUGCCGAAAUGCAGAAGCUACAGAUAACCUUCAACUGAAGCUCCAUCAUCUUGAUGGCCUCUUGAAGGGGUGCGAACAGGAGAAAAUUGUGUUGGAAGAAGAAAUUGAGCAUCUCAAUCACUGUAACAAGAAUCUUGCAAUUGAACUCCAGACUGCUAAAGAUCAGCUUGAGGAGUUUGAAUUAGUCCAACAAGGCAAAGGUGGAGCAGGUACAACCCAGUAUGCAGCCAGAAUGGAAGCUUCUAAAGAUAUUAAAGAGAGAGUCCGAGCACUCCUGUCUGCCAAGAACAAGUCCUUGAUGAACCACACAGAAUUGAUAUCUCGCAUUGGGGACCUCGAGGGGAUGCUUGAGGCCCUAGUGAGAGAGAGUGAUGCAGUUACUGAGACACUAAAGGCCCAGGUGUCAGAUCUGUCACAGCAGCUGGAAGUAGCAGACCGUCAGCUUCGAUCCUCUCGCCAAUUUCUGGAGGAACACGCCAGUGAACGUGACCAGGAGGUGGAGGAUCUCAUCCAAGCAAAGGAAAAAUUACAAGUUCAGCUGCGAGAAAGGGAUGCUGUCAUCACACAGCACGCAAACCUAGAAAAGGAGGUGGAGAAUUUAGAACGAGAUUUACGAGAAAAAUCACAGGAACUUCAGGAUGCUCUUGCCCUAAAAGAGGAAUUGCUAGCCGAGAACAAGACUGCCGUGGAUAAGAUCUGGGACCUUCGUGAUAUCAUACAGUCCCUGGAAUCCCAGCUGGAUGCCAAAUGCGUGCAAGAGCUGGAGGUAAACACCCAGGUUGAGUCCCUAAAAUCAACCCUUGCGCAGGCACAGCGUCACUCCUUGGAUCUCACUCAGCAGCUUGAAGAGGUGCAGUGUGCAAGAGGUGAGGAAAGUACUGGGUAUGGAGAGCAUGUGUCCACGCGCCUCUCUCGCAUCGGUGCCCCAGAGGAAGAAGAGAAUGAGGCCCAGCAUGCGAGCUCCUCCUUGUUCCAAGAGCUGACUCAGGAGGGUGGGCUGGCCACUCAGAAUGCCAAUGGACAAACUUUGCUUCAGGUGAUUGAAGACAGGUUGGAUAGAACCACAAGAGGACUUGAGGCUCUGCAGCUAUCCAUCUCCUCAGCCUCUCAGUCCGAGGAAGAUUUGUCUGUCAAAGAUCACCUGGAAAUCCCAUCUUUACGUGAACUGGAGAGCAGCCGAGCCUUGUCUCCAUCCACUCUGGACAGACGAUUAGAAGAUAAGUUGAUGAUGCUGGAGCGCACCACAGAAGCAGCAGUGAAGCGCACACGGGACCUGGAGAUGACUGUCAAAAAUCUGAGGCUGGAUCUAGAUGAGGCAAUAAUAGAGCGAGAUGCCCUCCAAGAGCGGUCGAGUGAGCAGCUUGUUCAAAUCUCAAGCCUGGAAGCACGGCUGGAUGAGCUCAGGAGGUCAGACCAUCCCAUGGCUGCUGAGAUGAGACAGCGAUUUACUCUGGUUCAAGAGGACUUGGAGAAGAAGAGGAAUGAAUUAGCAAUAAAAGGGAGAGAGGUUGAGGAGCUACGAUUCAACUUGAACGACCUCAGAGGAAAAUUGUUGUCCCGUGAAGAUGAGCUGCAACGACUGCUGUCUGUUUCACAGCCUCACAGUCUGCCUCAGUCAUCAGCUGAACAGCUCCUGGCCAAACACCAACAGCUGGAGGAUGAGCUUAAAGCAAAAUCUGAUGUGAUUGAAAAAUUAAAGAAUGAAUUGUCUGAUGCAGCCAAAGGAAGUGGAAUGCCUUCUGUGCUUUCGUAUCGUCUUUUUGAUGACAAAAAUGCUGAAAUUGACAACUUGGUUCAUCGUCUGGAGGAUGUGAAGGCCAGAGUUAAAGAAGUGGCUUUACAACUGUUGCAAAAUGGAAGUGUAGAGGAAGCAGUGAACAUGCUAAAAAGAAUUGCCUCUGAUGGGAAGUUCCAUGAGAGUCUGGAUAGUACCUACAACACACACAGCCUGGAAGUGUUGAGGAGAGAUCCAGUUGAGGUUUCUCCAAACUUGACUCCAGUUAUGGUACCAAACUCCAAGGAAAAAUCCUCAGUGUUGAUCAUGCCCACAAGCCAAGAAGAGGACACAAUUACCACGCAGUCAUCCCAAGACCUAUCGUUAAUGUCAGUACAACCAGAUGUCCUGAAGGUUCCAGAUAAUCUUGUCCAUGAGGCAUUAUCAGCUUCAACAGAGUUGAAACAGGUGUUAGAUGAGGUGAUUCAAGGAGGGGAUAAAGAAACUGCUGGUGCUUCUGAAAAUGAAGUGGAAAUGGGAACAUCUGAGGCAUCACUGGCAGCACAUUCUCAAGCAGAAGAAGAGUCUCUUGAUGUCACAAAAAGAAUGGUUGAUUCAUCUCAGGAGGGAAUUGAACCCAGGCAUGGAAAGCCUUCACCUCCAGAGCAGACAGCUACAUGUGGAGAAAUUACACUUACCCGAGAAGACUAUGAAAACCUCUGUUCUGCUAGUGAUGAAGUUACUGUCCUUAGAGUUGAAAUUGACCUUUUGCAGAAGGAGAUAAUCAGCUUAAAUGACUACCAGAAAAAACUGGAGGAUGACUAUAGAAUAGCUCAAGAUUUGUUAGAGGCACGUGAGGCAGAAAUCACACAGCUGUCAGAGGAAAUUGAGGAUGUUGUACCACAGCCAUUGCCCUCAGAGACAAUCCAGCUGCAAGAUAGAUGCUUCAGACUGGAAGAGCAGCUGUUGGAGCUACAAGGCAAGUUGGAAAACAUAGAAACCGAUUAUGAAGAAGAAAGAAAAUGCCAUCAAGAGUCUGAGGAGAAGUUAAUGGAAUAUGGAAAGGAAAGAGAUAGGCUCAAAGAAACCAUCAGAGAAGGCUCUGAAAAGCUGAAGAAUAUGGAAAUGGAAUUAAGAAUGACUAAACAUAGUUUAGAGGAGAAAACAGACCAGUUACAACAGUUAAAACAAAAGUACGCUGAACAGGCAGUUGUACUUCGCUAUAAAGAAGAGGAACUACUUAAAAUGAACACACAAGUGGACCAAAUACAGGUGGAGAUGAAAGAAAAGUUGUCUCAUGCCAACAGAGAACUCUCAAAGAUGGAGCAACAAUAUCAGCGAGAGAUAUUAGAUGUGAAAGAAGAGCAGAUUGUUAGGGAAAAGCAAUUAUGUAGUGACUAUGAGGAACGCAUGGCUGAUCAGGUGAGUGAUUUAACCAAACUGGUACGGGACAAAGAAGAGACGAUAUCCAGGAUUCGCCUGUAUUACGAGUCUGAACUGAAGGAGGCAGUUGCACAAAAGGACCAAGCGUUACGAAAGGCUUGCGAAUGGCGGGAGAAACUGAGAGUGGAAGAAGCAGGCGAACAGAGCAGGGAUAUUAAUCGUUUGUGUGAUUCCCUUGAAGAGCUGAAGGCAGGUGUAGCCCAGGAGGUUAACAAGUCAGACCAGCUGGAUACAUCUCUGGUCACUUACCUGAAGCAGGGGCAGGAUAGGGAGAAUGCAGGUCAUUCAAACAGAGCCUCUAGCACCUUCAGUGAUAUCAGCGAGGGGGAUGAGACUGGGGAUGUUGUCAACAAGGUCCAGAAACUUAUGGCGAAGGUUCAUCAAGAAGGUGUCCAGGUACUGACUUUGAUCGAGCUAAUGUUCCUCCAGAAGCACCAGUCACACCUAAAUACCACACAAAAGUCUCUCAUUAGUCAGACUGGCUUACUGGGGCUUGAAUCCCUUGACAACUCUAGUGUUGCUUCAAGAGAAGUGUCACCAAAAUCUGGGCCUAGUGGCAUAGAUGCACUCGGCAACAGAGAAAGAACACAGCUACUUCGUCGCAUGGCGAGUCUGGAGGAGGAGCUUGGCAAGAAGGAGAGAGAGAUGAAGGAGAAAGUUGAACAGCUAGAAUUCCGCCUGGAACAAGAAGAGAUAGCAGCAGAUGAACUGAAAUUGAAUUCUGAAGCUGAUAAAAGAAGAAUAGAGAAGUUGAGCGAGCAGUUGCAUCAGGAAAGACUGUCAGGGGCGGAUCAGAUCUCAGAAAUAACAUUUUUACGAUCUCAACACACUGCCCUGCAGAUACAACUACAAAAAGUGCAGGAGGAAAGGAAUCAUAUAAGAGAAAGCUUGGAUAGCACUCAGAAACAGAUUGAGACUCUGAGAGCAGACCUGCAAGCAGAGCGCAGUAAUUUCAGCAAUGUUUCAAAAGUACUUAAUCAGCAGCGUCGUUUGUCUUCCACCACCAAGAAUCAGCAGAAUCAAGUCAUCAUGGACCUGCGGGAAACUUUAGAGAAGGAACGAGAGAAGAUCCUAAUGCUCCGUGCUCAGCUGAAUGAAGCUGUAAACAAACAAACAAGUGUAAAAUCAGGCACAGGCAGGGCUUCAGCGCGAGCUAGAAACACAGAUAUUUUGGAGAGUCACAUCAGGUCCCCAAGUGAAGAUGUUAAGGUGCAGCUAGUUAUUGAACAAGAAAGAGUUGCUGAAUUGCAAAGAUCACAUGAUAAGGAAGUCAUGAAAGUUCAAAACCUGACAGAACAGUUAAGGAUUGAGAGAUCCUCCUCAAAGGCUCUGUUGAUGGAGGAGCAAGCAAAAAAUUCAGAGUAUACCAAACUGAUCAGAAACUUGGAAGGAGACAGAGACAAGCUCAAGAGACAGAUCUCCAGUGAUCGCGAGAGAAUACAGCACCAGGAGUCAAGGAUUCAAGAGCUAGAAAGUGACCUAACAAAGCUAGAGGCGGAAUUGAGAGCCCAAGCAGCUGCCCACGAGAUGGCAUCCCACAGGGUCAGGGAAGGAGAUGCACAACUCCAUGCGUCUUAUACUUCUGUACUAAACAAGCUGGGUGAGGCUGAGGCAGAGGUCUGUUCACUCCGUCUUAGAAACAGCCUGCUCUCGAAGGAUCUAGAAUUAGCCCGUGAAAAGGAAAUGCAACUUCAGCAGGAGUUGAACACGGAGAAGAUGGCCAUCAACAGACUGGGUCUUCCUGCUCUUGCGAAGAUAAAUAAUUUGAAUGAAUACUUUGAGCUGCAGCUAAAGGAAAACGUUGAGCUUUGUAAAUCAGUCCUAAGGUUGACAGACAACCGCCAUGCAGCACGUUUGAAAAUUGUUAGUCUGGAGGCCACGAUCACAGAUCUCACUGAACAGUUGGUUAAGGCUAAGACAGCUGCUAACUCAAGCCCAACACCAGAAAGAAUUCUUCGCAAUGAGCGCUCAAUCUGGGAGACAGAACGGACAGCCUUGCAGUCACUUAUCUCACGCAAAGAUGCUGAACUUGUGAGGUUGCGGAGGGAAGCAGAAUCACGACUUAGCAAUCAGAACUUCAGCGCCCCAGCAGAUGACUCGAGGGUUCAGUACAUCUAUGGAAAGUACUUACGAAGCGAGUCAUGGCGCAAGGCACUUGUCUAUCAAAAGAAGUACCUGCUUGUGGUGCUACAGGGCUAUGAAGCUACGGAACAGAAUACCUAUUCUCGCCUCCAUGUGAUGGCUGAGCGAGUGUAUGGUCCAGGGAUUAGCUCUUUGAGAGCGUCUCAGCCGAGGGGGCAGCCAAAUCGUAGCUUUAGGGUGCGUGUGUUGGUAGUGAUAGCUUGUUGCAGAAUGAGAUACUUGGUUCAGAGAUGGAAGAGAAGUAGAAGACUAGGCUCACAAAUUCUCCUCCCUAACCCACCCACAUCGGCAGUUGGGACUCCAGAGCCUACUCAUGGCAGCAGGCCAGACUCAGCAGCAAGUGGACCAGGUCUACCCCUAGGCAUUACAGAGGAGACUAGACCAUCACUAACCCUACACAGAACUUCGGUUGCUGCUGCUUGGGGUGGGAUUACAGGUCACACGCCACCAACCAAAGAGACGACAAACAGCCCUAGUCUACAACACCAAGCAGCAUCAGUAACUCGCAGGAGUCUUUUUCCAGAGCAGGAAUCAUCGAGCCUCGAUGAAUAUAUUGAGCGGCUGGGCAACAUACACUCCAAAUUAGGAUUAACUCCCAGAAAUAAUAAUUAAUUGAGCGAUUGCUAUUCUGUUUGUGUGUAUGUAAGUUGUUACAAUUAUCAUCUUAACUUUCACAAGAUAUCUAUAGCUUUUGUGACCCUGAUUUUGCCUAGUAUAGAUUGCUAUCAAGGUGCAGUGCAUCGUGAUGUGUGCCAUUGAAUAUGCCUCACUGAAAAGAAGGGCUUUAAUGUUCCUUAGAUUUUAUGCCAGAUUAAUUUACUGUUUUUUCUAAUAUUUAGGAAGAAAUAUUUUAUUACCAGAUACUUAUGGAAGUGAUAUACCAAUGAUGUUAAUUUUUGCAGCUUUAUAUGUUAAUUGACUUUUUAAUGCAGACCAUUUAUAAGAAGUGUGGAUGCUUGAGUGAAAGUGUGAGGUGUGAGUUUUGAAGAUUCGACUGGGUGUGAUAUUUUAUUUCCAAAGAGGAUAUGUUUAUGAUAAUAUUACAUAUUUGUUUCUCUUAAUGAUCUGAUUUUUUUUCUUUCUUUUUUUUCUUUUUUUCUUUUGUGAACUAACGCUAAUACAUGUUCCUCGCUAUGUUCCUAGAAAUCAUAUCAUAUAAAUGCAUGAUUCUGUGUAGGACUUACUGCUUAAUAACAGUUCACAAUGUUUAAAUGAGGCACAAACAUUACCUUUGCUCUUGGUGUGAAUGCAAAUUUCUUUCAAUAGUAUGAUGCUAAAAAAAAAAAAGCUUUGUGCCUUUUCAUUCCCACAACUAAAAGGAGGAAUAAAUACAGCUGUUUUCUUUACACAUUUUUAUUGUUUUUUAUUAUGGGAUAUUAGUCAUCACUUUUUGAACACUGUGGAAUGGAAGAUAAUUUAACACAGAUAUUUGCGAAUACCAAAUAUAGAGUUAAUUAAAGGCGUUGGUGUUUACGUAGAUCACAUGUUAUAAGCUUUCAGUAAGCUGAAUAGGGGAAAAUAGUGUUACAUGCUGUUUCCAUAUUUCCAUGCUGAGUGUUCAUUCAUUUUUAUAUGAGAAUAAUAAAAAGUUUUGUGCAA